AUGGGGUGGUCAACUGAUCAGAAUCAGUCAACAGUCAAUGAUCUGUUGCCCUGGUCAACAAAACGUGUGACCUCCGUGACUCUUGGAGGAUCCAUGACAGGGGAGUUUGACCGAUCAUUUACACCAUAUUCGAGACACAGACCAUCAUGUAUACCUGUUACAAAGAAGAUUAUUGAAACUGACAAAGCUCCUAUAUUAGAUUUACCUUUCAGUCAAGCUGUGUUGGCUGGAAAUACUCUAUACCUGGCUGGACAAAUAGGAAGAGAUCCUGUUACACUUCAACUGGUUCCUGGCGGUAUAAUUCCGGAAACGAUACAGAUAUUCAGGAAUAUUGGUGCAGUAUUAGAGGCUGCUGGUGGUAAUUUCAAGGAUGUUGUAAAAGUAACAGCUUUUCUGAGAAAAUUAAGCGACCUUACAGCAUUUAAUACAGUCUAUACGAAAUUCUUUCCAAAUGAUUUUCCGGCUAGAGUAGCUGUUCAGGUAGUAGCCGUACCUCUCGGCGGUCAAAUAGAGGUUCAAACAAUAGCUGUUAUUGAUAAGUGCUGA